AUGACAAAUAUUAUGACAACAACGUUUGCUAUUAGUGCUCUUCCAGAAUCCACACCAUCUAAAAUUCCAACAAUCAUAAAAUCAUUAGUAGUUGAUGAUAACCUAAUAACUGGUAAAAUUCUCUCGAAAAUUCUAAGCAAAGAAUUUAAUCAUCAAGUAACAUGUGUAACGAGUGGUAAUGAAGCUUUGAAUCUAUUAUCCAAAAAUAUUUACGAUCUAAUAUUUAUGGAUAUUGACAUGCCAGAGUUAUCCGGUAUCGAAACAAGCAUGAAAAUUAGGAAUUCAACAAAUAUAAAGGAAGAAAAUCGAGUAAUCCCUAUAUUUGCUUAUACUACUAAUAAAUGGGAAGAUAAAUUUUUAAAUGCUGGCAUGAACGGUUAUAUCGGUAAACCGGCAAGCUCGGAUAAAGUUCAAGCUGUGAUCGAAACUAUUUCUCAUC